ACCCCGACUUCUGCACCCACUGCGCUCUCUCUCAAACCCUUCUGACAACAAGACAUGGCCUCUGUCGAUACUGACAAUCAUAAGCAAGAUGAGAUUGAAACAGCUCUCCAAUCCGACACUGCAGUCGAUAACCUGGCCGAUGCCGUGGCGCAAAUCGCCGUCCUUGAAGACACCGAAACAUCAGACCAUUCUACUCAUGAAAGCCCAGGCAGGAACACGAGACCUUUCCGCUCGUAUACUCGUGCACAGAUUCUGUACUUAGCCUACUCGCCAUUGGUCCAGCCUCCCCAUGAUAUGCCCCCUUUGAAAGAGUGGUUUGGAGAUUGGCACGAGCAGCUUAUCACUGCAAAGAAAGACCCGGAAACAUCUGGCACUUCGCUGAGUGCUAGGGACAGACGCUUCCGACGGGACCUCGAUGACGGAGAGAACCCGAAACAAUCAUUUCGGGCGACGCUUUCCCAACCUUCUCAGAUGGGCAACUUCAGACACCAGUCACUUCGUACUAACGACCGCGACAAGGACAAAGAUUUGGAGCGGGAGAGGGAACGCGACCUUAGAGAUAAAGAAGGUCAAGAGCGGUUAAGAAAUCUAUCUGACAAGUAUGAUCGUGAUCGACUCGCCCUUUCCGCCUCCAGCAAUAUCCGUACCAAAGAACGAGACUCUGCUCCUCAUUUGGUGUCCGGUGCGACGAGUAGACUCGGUCAGACGCAAAAUUCUUCCUCGACCUCACGCCGCAAUGAGACACGAGACGUGCCGAAGCGCAAGAUCGGUGAGAGUAGCGAGGAUUGGAGAAGAGGAUCAGAACCUGCACGCUCAGGCCGAGACGAUCGCUCUGAUAACUCUAGGAGGGAUCGCGAGAGGCCACGAUCCCGGGCUCGGGAGUCGUCAAGAACAAGACGUGAGCCGUCGUCAACCAGGCGCGACCGCGACGAGAGAGACAGAGAAAGGGAAAGGCUCCGUGAUCGCAGAGGCGAUGGCGACCGCGACGACCUUCGCAGAGACAAGGAGGAGUACUCCCGUCGUGAGCGUGAUGACAGUCGUCGUAGAGAGUGGGACGACUUCUACAAUCGUAGUGACCGGGACCGAGAGGACGUCUCUCAGAGGGACUCUCGAGGGAGGUAUCGCCCCAAGGACUCUGAGCGAGACUCGGAGGAAGAUCCAAGACGUUGGAAUGACGAUGGCAAACGCGACGAACGAAUUGCUACGAGGCGCGAACGUGAGCGGGAGCGAGUAUGGGACAGGUAUGACGAACGCGACCGUGAAAGGCCCAAUGGUUCUGACGAUCGCGAUACCCGAUCGCGACGUGGGGUGGGACGAGAAAGGAGGCCCGGGGGCGCUGGUGAUGAUUCCAAAGACAAUGAUGACCGCAGAGAUAGGAAUAGAGAAGCAGAACCAGCAUGGAUGGAAACAUACGUUCCCUCCACCUCUGGGGGUGGGAUUCUUGGUGGGAAAUCUGGUGAUGGUGAGUUAGAUGGCAUCCAAGCGUGGAAGAAGGGCAUGAAAGAGAAGGAGCGGCUACAAAGAGAGAACAGCGCUUCAUUGGAGGCCACUCAGAAGCCUGAAGCCAAGCAGGCGAGCUCUGCAUCUACAGCCGCAUCCCAGGAUUCCUCUAACACCCCGGAGAACCAGCUGGAUGAAAUACAGAUUUUCAAGCAGAUGAUGAAACGCGAGGCGGACAAGAAGGAAAACGAAAAGCAGUCGACCGCUUCGCCAGAACCAGGACCGCAGAUGGGACCGGCCCUGUCGCGCGCGCAAAGCUUCGCGUCUGCCUUCAUGCUGGAACAACUGACGACUGGGAACGACGAACGUGCUGCUUCUAACUCACACCCUUCGCAAGGAACUGCAGAGUCGCAGCAAUCGAGCAAUGGACGUUCCAGAGUAUCAAGUGGUCAACAGCUUCCGGCUGGUCUCUCGUCAUUGAGCCGACUGACUAUCUCACAAGGCGAAGGGCGGCAAUCAUUUAUGUCCGUGCUGGCCUCCUCUGCCUCGAGAGAAUCUGCCUCUCCCACCAACCUCGGUAACACCACUAUUCAGUCCGCCGAGCGAUCGUCGGACGGACAACAGCCGAUCGUCUCGCACGUCACUCCUAGUAUUCCUUCAGCAACGGUUUCAUCCUCGCAGCUUUCUGACUUUGCAUCCUUGGAAACGUCUGCUUCAGCCUCAUCUGCUGCCUCUGUUUUCAAUCCCCCGCCCGGUUCCCGUCUUCUUGCCUUCGGCUCUCGCAGUGCACCUGGUCCUGACGCGUUGUCGUCCAAGUUGCAGCCCACCUUAGAUUCUUCUAUCAGUCAGUUACCCCCUCCUGGUCUACCCGGCCUUACUGCGCAGAAGUCGACAGCCAUGCCCCCUUCAAUGCCCAAUCUUUCCCUGCUGGCCGAGUCCGCUGGCCUGGAUGCUCACUUUGUGACCAAUGCCAAACGUACCCCUACAGAUUCUGUGCGAGGUUUCAGGAGCUUCUCUCCCCACGGCAAUUUGGUUUCCUCGUCUGCUACAUUUGAACACCUGCACGAAGAAAUAUCAAUAGAACAAUUGAACGAUUUGCGGCGAGCAUCUGCUGUCGAACGUGCAGCGUUCGGUCUUCCAAAUGAGACAGUUGCUCCCUAUGCGGAAAUGGCCGGGACGCAGGGCGGUCCCGCCAGCUACUCUCCGAGCAAUUCUGUUGAACUUGGUGGAAACAUCCCGGGCGCUGCCAACUAUGCCAGUGGCAAAGGGAGUCGUUUCGCAAAGUUCUUCGACUCCAAAGUAAGAGAUGCAACUCUCGUCGGUGGUGGCAGGAAGGCACCAGGUCCUCCUGGUUACGUGUCGAAUUCACCUCAUCCCGAUCUCAGACAGCCUGGCGUGGGCUUGAAUGGGACUAAUGGCACUCCCGGGGAUACGAGGACGAUGGAGGAUAUUUUCGCUAUGCUGCAGAAUUCGGCGCAGCAGCAGAGCCACCGUGUUUCCCCGCAAAUUCCCUCCGCCGGUCGCAUGGCGUCCAUCGCGUACGGGCAAAACCAUCCCGAUCUUCACAAUCUGCAGCAGCCGAUUCAUUCUCAACACCAAUUCGCUCAGAAUAGUCAGUUCGACUCGCUAUAUGACAGCCGUCUCGAUGACCGAAAUUUCGUGCCCGACGGCAUGGUCCCUGGGCUGCGUCCCGCACCGCCGCGUUCUCGCAGCAGAGAAGCCAGUGGUGUGCUCUUCAACGAACAGCUUGACGACCCACUGCACUUCAACGUCCGCCUUCAGCAGCAGCGCAACCUGGAGCAAAUGUUUUCUGGUUCGGUUUCAUCCGUGUAUUCCCAGCAGCAGGCUGCAAUGAUGCGGAAUGGAGGUCUACCCCUCCAACAGCCGCAGUUCCGAGGCGCUCCUUCACCUAUCCUGAACCAGAAUCCUCUCGGCCCGCAGCGACUGCCUCCUGGGCUGGCAAACCUUGGCGGGCGGCCGCCUCACGACCCUUCGCAGUACUUGGGUGGUCCCAUGGGUGGGCUGGGGGGAGGUUUGCAGAGCGGUCUCCACAGUGGAGCGACGGCUGGUCAGCAGUCGUUCAAUAACUAUGGUGGAAACGGUGGUGCGCUAGGAUUUGUCGGUGGCCCACAGAUUCGCAGCCCGUCAGGCCCACAGGGUCCUUUGGCCGUGAAUUCCAUGGCGGGCCUUGGGAUUCAGAACAACAUGGACCUACGUGCUGCCAACCAAGCGCAUCUCCUGGGUCUUAGCGGAGGUAGUGUCGGCGGGGGAUUGCGAGGACAGGGGCCAGGUUUUGGUCCUCAUCAUGUCCCAUCAGGACAGCCAUCCGUCUCGCAUCUGGCAAUGCGUCAGCAGCAGCAACAACAGCAACAACUUCCUCCUCAUCUGAUGUCCCAUCUGCUUCCACCUCACCUCCAGCAGCAGCAAGGUCUUCCUGGCGGGAACGUGCAGGGUGCGCAAGAUUUGAUGGCUCUUCUGAUGGGCGGUCACCGGGAUUAGAUUUCGACCCUCCUUUUUGCGGCGUAAUUACGCUACAUGCUGGCGUGCUCCCUGGCGCUUUCUUGCGGUGCCUGCCGUGAUGACAAGUUGUCGCCGUGCGUGAUUGCUAUCCAGCCUAACCUCGAUGUGAAAGAUGUAACGCCCUUGGCGAAAGGGCUGCACAUGGGCCAACGAUUCGUUUAUUUUGCUGCCAAUACUAGUACUGUACAUAUACAUAUUCGUGCGUUCGUGGACUUGUAGGCUGCAGAAUUCCAUGACGAUGUAUAUACCGCCUCCCGAUUUGUUUGUGGUAAGGUCUUCACUGUGUGUCUGUCUGAUGCGUCAUAUUCUCUUGGGGAUCGUGCCACUAAUGGAGUGAUGUGCCUUGGCCUAGAGGUGAAAUGCAAUGGCCAUGGUCUGUAUGCGAGUCGUAUCGAGCUCGU